AUGACAGAAGCCGCUCCUGGCACGCUGAGGCGGAAAAUGCCUAAGAAAAAGGCUCAAGAUCGAUCCUUUGCGCUUGAAACCUACGAUGACGAUUCAGAUGGAAUGGAGGAUGAACCGAUCACUCCUGAGCCUAAGCCAGCAUUCAAGAAGAGAAGGACCAGCUCUGACAGCGAAAUGGACGUUGAUAUUCCGAUUUCCAGUAUCGAGGGUACUUCCUCGAGAACCACAAUCAGAUUUGACGUACCUCAUGAACAUGAUACUUUCCAUGGGGGCUGGGAUAACUCAAGGCUCAAAAGGAGGAGCAUCGCACACGAGGAUGACGAAACCGCAUUCGUACCCCAAAGUGACGAGGAGGACGACUCAGACGACUCGGUUCACAUUACAGCAAAUGAAAAAUCGGAGGUUGUCUUUGAUUUCUCCACAGAGAAGGCUAGACGCUGGACUGACGCUAUCAAUUUACCGGAGAAUAUCUACAAUGAAGCCGAGCAGGAUCUUUUCUUCAGACUGUCGAUGCGUGGUUUCGAGCCCGCUCUCCCGAGUCAUUGGAAAUUCGACUUUCCAACGCUCCCAAUUUCUUUAUUCCCUGAGCCGGGUCUUGGAUUUGAACCAAUCCUGCAGAUAUCCGGGGCCUCUGAGUUUUAUGGUAAGUCGGUGACCGAGUCCUACCUAGUCUGGUCCUUAUGA